CAACCAGCCAGCAGUCAGAGCCUAACCUUGAGAAAGUGUAUUAUCAUGUUCCAUCACCACCAUUACCGCUACCGCCACCGCUAUUAUCACCACUACUUUCUUUUCAUCCUCCUCGUUCUGUCAGUUUCUCCUUCUCAAUCCAAUGACUCAGAUAAUUGAUCUGGCCGUGCGGCCCGUGUUCUGUUUACAUCUUGAUCUGGAUUUACCCUAAUCUGAGUGAUUCGGAUCACAAUCUGGGUGAUCUGGGUCCGGAGGUUGGCAAUAGACGACACUUGAUGAAGCUGCUGCUGGUGGCCAUAUUAGCGGCUGAGUACCCUCUACUGGGGACUUUAGGGGAAUACACAGCAAGAAAACGGCUGAUCCUCAAAGUGAAUGACAAUGGAAGUUGCCGGUACUUUGAGGGCGGCGACAGUCCCGUAUGUGUGUGUGACGUCGCCAGCUGCCCGCCCCUCCACCCCGCCUCCCUCACCCCGCCCUCAGCUGGCCAUGUCGUCACCUACACCUCUUCCAGGGGCGGCCUCAGGUUCCAGGAGCAAGUGGUGGCUGUCCAUGGGCCUGAGAGUGAAGGCGGGCUGAAUGAUAGCAGUAUGAACAGGGCGGUGGUGGAGGUGGCCUGUCUCUCCCCACGUCAGGUCAUGAAUGGGUUCGGCGGUUCCUUCACCGACUCUGCGACCAUCACCAUGAACUCUCUUUCUCCCCCUGUCCUCGAUGCACUGCUCCGGUCGUACUUUUCUCCUGAGGGUCUCGAGUACGAGCUGGUCCGCGUGCCUAUUGGCGGGUCAGACUUCUCAGUAAGACCCUACACGUACGACGACGACCACGAAGGAGAUGUGGAACUGAACCACUUCCAACUUGCUGGAGAGGAUCUGGUUUAUAAGCUGCCAUUCAUCCACCGUGCAUUGGACCUGGCGCGGCGCCCACUCAAGGUCAUGGCCUCACCUUGGUCGGCUCCUGCGUGGAUGAAAACAAACGGGAAGAUUAACGAGACGGGACAACUGCUGACAGAGAUGCGGCGCCCCUGGGCAGACUACCUUGUGCGAUUUGUAAAGGAAUACGAGAAGGCGGGAGUUCCCAUCUGGGGCUUGACUUCCCAGAACCAUGGCUUUUCACAUGAAAAAACCUCCUGGAACUCCAUGUCCUGGAGUCCGAAUGACAUGAGGGACUGGAUUAAGGACAACCUCGGUCCCGCCCUCCAUGCUGCAGGUUUGGAACGAGUGAAGCUGUACAUUGGUGACGACGUGAGAGAUAAUGUUGAUAACUCCUACAGGCAGAUUCUCCACGACCCUGAGGCAGCGAGAUACGUGACGGGAUUGGCUUUUCACUGGUACCACGACCAAUCAGUGAGCCCCGAUGUGCUAGACCACGCUCACCUACUCUUCCCAGAUAAAGACUUGCUCUAUACCGAGGCUUGCAUUGAAUCUGGCGGUGUUGCCUCCCAUCAACCAGUUGUUCUCGGGUCCUGGGCCAGAGCGGAGAGCUACGCCCAAAACAUCAUAGAGGACGUAAACCACUUUGCGUCAGGCUGGAUUGACUGGAAUCUGGCGCUGGAUCCUGCCGGGGGACCUAACUGGGCUGGCAACGAGGUGGACGCUCCCAUCAUCAUUAACCCGGAAAAAGACGAGUUCUACAAGCAGCCAAUAUUCUACGUGAUGGGCCACUUUAGUAAGUUCGUGCCCGCGGGGAGCGUGUCUAUUCCUUCCUGGGUCCGGGGAAACACUGCUGGUCUGUUCCACACCGCCGCUUUCGUACAUCCAGACGGUUAUGUUGUACUUCAGCUCCUUAACAAGAAUGACACAGAGACGGAGGUGAGAGUGGAGUGGGAAGGAGGAGAUUUCACCCUCUCCCUCGUCCCUCCUCGCUCUCUCCAGACUCUUCUUCUGCCUUGGGAAGGCGACACCACCCACGCCAAGAGAAAGUACUCCUUGCAAAGCCAUCUUUUAAAUAAAUACUUGACAGAGUAAAUUUUUGUUACUUUCAGUAAGGGUUAUAGAAAAUGUGCAUUGUAAUUUUUUGUAAACUCUGGAACUCC